AGGAAGUGUCCUUGGUUUUUAAUGAAUUGCACAUCGUACACGAGUUUGCAAAACAGAUCUUACUUCCUAGUCAGCUGAUGGUCAAAUUGCGUUUUGGCCAACAUGUCUGAUAACGGACAGAGUGAAUCGUUCGCGAUCGUGUAACCAAACGUGAAAAUGUUUGUGAAAAUUGGCAGUGUUUGUCAAUAUCAGCUGUGAAAAUGUCAGAUAGCUGUUCUGGCAGCUAUGGACAAGAAAAUCGUUGGGAAAUCGUCGUAAAUUCCAUGUCAGCACGUAUCUCUAAUUUUGGAUUUUUUUCGAAGACCGUUCCUAAAUUGCCUUAAGAUGCUGUUCGUAUUCCAAGUGGACACUGGCCGUAUGAUGACUUUCGAUAUGAGCCUCGCUCUAGAAAGCGUGCAAAAUUUAAAAUCACACGUGGAGUUAGCGUUUAAAAUUCCCGUCGACAAACAAGUCUUGCUGAUCAGCGGAGGAGAGCAUUUGCGUCCUGAUGACAGGGUUUGCUCUUAUCCUGCUGGAACCGACACGAAUCCGAUUUUUCUCUUCAGCAAGGCUGUGAUCGAGUCCGAUCAACCACCGGCAGCUAGUGUCGAUUAUGGAUCAGAGCAGGAUCUUUCCAGUAAAGUAAGAGAGUCGAGUGAAUUGCCGGCGACUUUGUCCACCGUCCAGAAACGGACGCAACUGGCUCGACUUUUCUGCGAACUGAGUCAGAGUCAGAUGACGACGUGCGAAAAGUUGGUCCACGAGCAACAUUUACAACAACAAGGGUGGUCGGCUGUUGUUGCCAAUUUGGAGGAUUUGUACUCGGAUUUGAAACAUCGAUGGAAACUCUACCAGGACGCUUUUAACGAAUAUAUUGCAAAGCGCGACUCGUAUUUAGAAUUUUUAAACCAUUUCAAAGAUGAUCUCCUUGUGUUACAAAAAAUUCCUGUGUUACCUGCCCUUAUAGAAUCACAAAAGUUACUAGUACCUGAGCAAGAUGAUUUCUCUGAGGAUAAGCAAUCGGGGAGUGUCAGAGGGGAAAUGACGCUCCAUGAGUGGAUAUCUCAGAGGGAUGAUUUUAUGGAUUGUUUGUUUGAAAUUUGUUCGAAAGGACUGAUACAGACGGAUGAAAAGGAGUUUCUCGCCUUACAAGAGGAGAUCGAGACGAAGUUAGCAAUGACUGACGAUGUCACUAUGAAAGAAAUUAAAGGUUUGGGUGACCGACUUUUCGGGUUAGAAAAACUAAUGGUGGACGCUAAACGUUACGUCAAUGAGCAAAUGAGACUGGCCGAGAGUUUUCAGAGGAACCAGAGUAGGGCGAGCCAGGUCAAGGAGGCGUCGAUAUUGCCGGCCCUUUGUGCAACUCACCUUCAACAACUGGACGUUUUGCUGGAAAACCACAACCGUUUGCGUGACAUAACGCGCCGUUGUAUCCUCGCUAAAGACGAGCUUAGUUCUAAUUUGUACCACAGACUCAAAUGGAUUGUGUUCAUGGAAGAUAAUUUAUCCGAAUUCGACAAUAAAUUAGUGUUUCAUUUUCAAAAUUUGUUAAGUUUGCAACGACAGCUGGAAAUUUUGCAACAAGUUCAUACGGCACCAACGAUUUACCUCUCGUCGAUUGUCGAAGUUGUGAGAAGACGUAAAGUCUCGCAGGCCUUUCUACUGUGGGCUUCUGACGUCGCUUGCCAUUUGUUAACAAUUUACAAUGAAGAAAUUGCAAGGCGGAAAGAUUUUCAAGCUCAAAUCGAAGGGCAUUUUCUUAGUAGUUUAUUUCCGGGAAUGGAGGAUUUUCCACCCAGUUUUGCGACACAAGCACCGAGCAUUUUUGAUUCAAGUUUACCGAAACUAACGGAAGAAGAUGUGGAAAAUUUGAGGCGCGCUUUGCCCGAUUUAGCCGAGUGUCUUCAAAUACCGGACACUUCAAUUAUCGAGAAUUAUUUUAUGCUGAAAGACUCGAAAGACGAUUUGGAUAAAACCACGAAAACUGUGGAAGAUAAAUUGAUUGAAGUUGUUGCCGAAGUGGGGUUAGCUAGUAAUUUAGACCAGACGAUGUUGAAGGCUAUUGAAGGCGAACCGCAACAAACCACACCACAUGGACUUCCGCACUUGAAAGAUCUGGACAAGGGUUGCGAGUCGGAGACGGACACUGAAGAGUUCGAAAAGGUGGGCCAGAGUCCGUUCGAUCUCCACUUCGACAAGGGAAUUCCAUCCCCACGUCCGGGCACUCAAGACGCCUCCACUUUGACCGAGGAUAACUUGCAAAUUUCGCGCUCCGAAUACGAAAAACUCCACUCUUUUCUUAUUCGACUGUCUCACUUGAGCCGACUGGCUUGUACUAACUUGAAAUCCGAGUUAAUCGAAACCAAAAACCACAUACUUCGCGAGAAAGUCAUGGUUGAGGAGGCUUGUGGCAACCUCAAAAUCCAGAUGAAUAACAUAAUUCUCGACAAAGAGAAGCAAGAACGCGAAAUAGUUCAACGGUUGACCGUCGAUCACGAGUUGGAAAUUAGCGAUUUUCGCAAAAUUGCGCAGUCGAAAAACGAGGAAAUCAAGGGUUUGAGGGACGAAAAUGCCCGUUUGAGUAGCGAACUGCGGAAAGUUUCUCAGGAGAAUUUGGAAUUGAAGGAGGGAUUGGAGGCGAUGUCGUGCAAGAGUUCGAAAGAAAUGGACGAUAUGAAGAAGAGAAUGGAUGAGGUUUUGGCUGAGAAGGAACGUAGCACGAAAGAAGAGAUCGAGCGGCUUAAAAGCGAGUAUAAGAGCGAGAUGGAGAACAUUAGGGCGCGUUUUAAGUUAAUGACGAUGGAGAGAAGUCCGUCUGAGAAUAGUUUAGAGAAGAUAGAACGCGGGGAUUACCCCAGUAUUACCAAUCACGAGGCGCUUUUGCUUCAAAUGACGGAGAAUUUCGAAUCGGAGAAAGAAGUGGCUGUGAGUGAUGCCGUCAGUAAGGAGAGUCAACGAUGGCAGAAAAUAUUAGACGAUAGGAUUAAGCAAAUGGAAUGUGAUUUUGAGCAGGAGAAGGCGUUUCUCAUCCAAAAUAUACAAAGUAGAAUUCAACAAGACCAAGAAAAACAAAUCAAUCAAUUACGGGAACAGAUUAAUAAUUUAAACUUGGAGUGUAUUAAAUAUAAGGAUACGAUACAGCAACUGGCCGAAUAUCGCGAAGAGAGUGAUUGUAACGAGCUAAUGCGCCGGAUCGAUAGCUUGGAAAGGGAGAAAACGGCUCUUAAAAACGAAUUAAAGAGAAUUAAAGUUGCGGAGCCGCCUCCAGCCAUGGCUGCUUCAGUUGCUGUGUGUGAAGGUGCUGCAGCUACCGCAGAUGCUGCUACUAGUCCAGUUAAAACAAGAAAACGUAGCGAAACUUCUUCACCUAAAGCGGGAAAAUUAAACAUAGAUUCGUGUAAAGCUGGCGAUUUAGUAUUGGUAGUUUGGGAUAUACAACACCAAAAUUUUAAAAUAUUGCAAGAAAGUAGUUCGUUAUAUUUUCUCAAUGCCGAUUGUCUUGAAUCUCUGGGCUUGAAAGUGGUCGAUGGACAACCUAACAAACUUUAUUGUUACGCUGAAGUUGUCGAAAAGGAGUACUGCCAUGCCAGAAAGGACGAAAACUAUAGUCUACUUUUUCAGCCUGUUAACCGGUUUAGGGUACCUCAAGGUACGAAAUUUUUCCGUGUGAAGGUGAAACCGCCUCCCUCUGGUAAAGAAAUGCCUCCCGCACAGUUUCAAGCUCCGACUCAAACGACUCACAUGUCGCAGAGUCAAACAACUGUUUCGCAAGUGGUUGAUAUAAUUGCGACGGCAGGUCCUUCGCAUUCUUUACCGUCAAGUCCUUCGAAAAUCAGUUGGGAGAAGUCGGGGUCGCAGGAGGCGCCGAUUCCUGAAGAGAAGGGUGAAGAUUCAGCGGUUGGAAGGAGUGAGGAUAGUGGAGGGAAGAACGAAGAGGAUAUAGAGAAAGGAACCGAAUUAACGGAGAAUUUCCAUAUUGAUAAUCACAGUAUUGAUCGAUCGCAAAUUUGUGUAGUAGUAUAGUAGACCCAGGUACUUCAUAGAUUUUCUAGGUAAGGUGAAAAUUGAGUGGCCUUUAAUGUAUCAUCACUCUAAACGCAUCUCAUACUGAUGCAGUAUUCAUUAUUAAUCUAGCUCCAGUGCAAGGUUAUUUUACUAAUCAUCAUCGAACUAACAGUAUUCAAAAUUCCAUUACAUCAUUGGUUUAAUUACAUAAAUUAUUGCAGGAUUGAAGAAAAUUGCUGCUUACUGCUCUCCCCCCAAAAGUAGGAGUUUUCCUUAAUUUGUGUUAUGUGAUAUUUUAAUAUUGUAAAUAAAGCAUUAGUCCAUCACAGCUAUAUUAUGUGAUUCUGUGGUUGUUUUAGUAAGACAUGGGUAUUGGUUCAGGUUACCGUUUUGUUCAUUACUUCAGUCCAGGAUUAAAAAUUGUAUUGGUGGCUGGAUAUUUAUUUCAUUUUCCUCACGAAUGUAAUAAAUAUUCUGUCUUUGUAUUAUGGCCUUACGGAUCAUUGAAUCAAAAAUGUAGAUAUUACUUUCAAACUAUAGAAAAUAGUCUAGUUUUGAUAUUUAUAAAUAAUUUAUUUAAUCAUAUAUCCAUCUCACUACUUUUGAAAACUUCAAUCGCAUAAAUAGACUAAGUACUCUAGGAAAAAUUCAACCACAAAUUAUGCCCGUUAUUUUAGUGAGUUUCUGCUGUUACUUUGUGGUGUGAUGCAAGCGAAUGACUUUUUUACAACUGAAACGCGUUAUUUUGUUUCGGAUUAGAUUUUCGUUCAUGAAUUAGAUUAGGUAUGUGUUUUUAAGCUUGUAUAAGUGAUUUUUCUGAACAUUAGGACUAAAUUAACGUAACGUUUACAAAUUUUUUAUAAGGAACGCAAGUGUGCAAUAAAUAUAUCUAAACUCA